AUGGCCUUCGAGAUUGAUAUUCCGCUGAAAGCAUUGUCCACCCCAAAGAUCCACGAGAUCAAGUCGGGCGUUGUCCUGCUUCCUCCUCUCUCCCGCAGGGGUAUAGGGCUUGGAAUGAUCGUCGCUGAGAAGGGCUACACCGUUAUCGAGAUCCGGAAAUCUGCACUGGAUCACCGUUAUAUAAUAAACCAGGCAAUUGAGGCAGUGACUCGGCACGAGAAGUGCUCUCCAAAGCAUACUAUCGGUCUCGUACCCGCAGCCGCCAUCUAUCCGGUAGCAGCUGAUGCUGCUAAAUUGACAUCGAGCAUUAUACCCACCGUGCAACAUCUUCAUGAGCCCACAAGUGUGUCACUGCAGAGAACGGCCAAUAUAAUGCAACAUAACUAUCUGAUGAUUCAGACCGAUUUGUUUGCCCUUCCCACUUCCGCCGAAUUUGAUUAUGCUACAGAAGCAGUCUCUCACACGCGGACCUUAACAUACUUUGAAUUCGACAACCGAUCUGUUGAGCAUGCUAUGAAAACAAUGGUACAAGAGCCUUAUGUUAGUCACAUUCCCACGAUGACCGGGGGAAUUGGCCGUGACCAACUCACUCGAUUUUACCGUGGCCACGUUAUCUUCAGUAACCCACACGACACCAACAACCAGCUCAUAAGCCGGACCAUAGGCAUCGACCGUGUCGUGGACAAGUUCAUUAUGACCCUGACCCAUGACUCGGAGAUUGACUGGCUGAUCCCUGGAAUCCCUCCAACUGGUCGCCAUCUUGAGAUCCCUUUUGUGGCGGCUGUCAAUAUCCGAGGAGACCGUCUCUACCACGAACAUAUAGCGUAG